AUGCGGGCGGGCGUUGGAGCUACUGCCGGCGCAACUGGCGGUGUUGUGGUCGGAGGACCUGUAGGAGCUGCUGCUGGCGCUGCCGGAAUGGGAGUGGUCGGCGCAAUUGGGGGAGCAAAAAACAGUAUAGCGACGUACCCAGAAUUCCAAAAACGAAAUUUAUCAAUUGCAACACCAUUAAGUUAUUUACGUGCACAAAUAAAUACAAUAAAAAAGAAAUUAUGUGAAGAUAUUGAAUCAACAUUAGGAUCAAAAUUAGGUUUACAAUUAAAAGAAUUAGAAAAGAAACGUAAAACAUAUACAACAUUUACAUCAUAUACACAAUUUAUAAUUAAUUUAAUUAAUAAUAAAACAUAUAUAGAAUUAUUAAUAACAGAUAUAUAUUUAGAAAAAUGGCAAGAUCAAAUUGAUUCACAAAAUAAAAAUGGUAAAAAGUCUUAUUGUGAACAAACAUUAAAAUAUUUAAAUCAAUUACGUAAUGAAGCAAUAGAUCUAAAAGAUGACAUGGUAAAACUUGAUUUAAAAUUAUCUGAUGUCGAUUUAACAAUUGGUUUAUUUGUUGAUGAAUUAUAUGAUUAUUAUUUUGAUGAACAACCAACAAUGUUAGAUAAAUAUCAAAAUAUGUUUGAACGUUUAGCUGAUCGUAUAUCACAAUUAGUUUAUAAAGGUUUUGCUAUACAUAUAUUACGUGGGAGACCAUUAUGUAGUCAAAGUCGUUUAAUGGAAAAUACAAUAAAAAAAUUACGUGUUUUUGGUCGAUUAAUUGUAUUAACUGUUAUUGGUGAACAAUCAUCAGCUAACAGUUCAUUAUUGAACAGUACAUUUGGAUGUAAUUUUCGUGUUAGUUCUGGAAGAUGUACAACUGGAGUUUAUUUAGGUAUUGCAUAUUAUAAAGACGUGACAAUUGUUAUACUUGAUGCUGAAGGUAUAUUAUCAUUAGAAGAGUCUGGUUCCAUUUUUGAUAAUCAAACAAUAACAAUGGCAAUAUUAUCUUCGCAUAUUGUGCUUAUUAAUCACAAGGGCGAAUUAAGUUCCAACUUAGAAGGCUUGAUUGGUAUGAGCCUAUAUGCAAAACUGCAACUUCAAAAUUCACCAUUAAAGCGACAGUAA